AUGAACCCGCACCAGCAGAACAAGGUCGAUGUCAGCAAACUGUCAGAGCAGGAGGCCAAGCUCUUCCGUCUGUACGGCAAGCUGCCCAACAAGAAGGACCUUCUCCAGAACAAGCUCAAGGAGCGCAAGUACUUUGACAGUGGCGACUACGCCCUCUCCAAAGCCGGAAAGGCUGGUGACGUCGGUGUCACACAAGUCGGUCGCGAGCAUCCUAAUCCCGAAAAGAUCCCACACAUCGCCCCCUCCACACCCAUUGGGCAAAAUGGCUCCGUCAACAGCAAUGGCAACAGCGCUGCUGCCUCGCAGGGUGAUUUGGCUAGCAGCCCCGUCAAGGAACACACAUUCUUGCACCGCGAGACGAGCUUGAACCGGGAAACCUCGGCUUCGGAGUUUGAGAACGAUAUUUCCCAGGACGCACAGGGUGGCCCUGUCAAGGCAUAA